AUGCCCGCCAAGAGUCCCACUCAUAUAACCCCUGGCCCCAAUCGUCUAUGGAUCCGUGAAGUAUUUCCUGAUGGUACCAGUCGUUGGGUCCAGGAAUUCGAUUCUCCCGAAUAUCCUGAUCCCAACGGUACAGUAUCUGGUGGCCGUCUAGUCCACUUUCGCGCUCUUCAUGGUCCCGACCGCUGGGCCCAAGAAUUCCAAUCUCUCAAUCCUGAGGGUGGAAUGUAUCGUGUCCGACUAGUUCACGCUUCAAACCCCGGUGCACCAGUUGAAGAUGUAGACCCCCAUGGUACUGCAGAUGGCAUUCAAAUGCAGGACUUUGGCGUUGACCGGCAGGUUUCCGCUCGUCCUACUCGUCGUGCUCAUCCUACAAGCCGAAAUAUUGCAUCUACGGGCCGUUCGACGGACUUUUUCAAGAACAUGGGAGCAGUCGCAACACUUGGGGCUAGUGUCACAUUCGUACUCAUCGCCGUCGAGCUCCAAGAUCCACUCUCAGUCUCUCGAACUCAUUAUUUCACAACAUCAACUGUGCACAUAUUUCUCUCGAUAAGCUGGCUCCUUUUCAUGAUAACACUAGGAUGCUCCUUCUUCCUCGGUUGGAUGGGUAGUAAUCAUGCGGCUGUUGUUAUGUAUAUAUUGAUACUCAGUGCUAUUUUCUUCUCUAGCUUAGUCGUCGCUGCAUAUGUUGAAUGGGUGGGAUUUUUCGCUGUCGCCUUGAGUGGGUUGCUUGUUCCUUUGACAGUUGGGAUUCUUCUGUUACAAUUUUGUGAUUGUUCCAAAGACAGUAUGUUCGCCGAAUUUGGUCUCGCAGGAAUUCUCACCGCCUGGGGGUCAGAUUCGGAAUAG